AAAAACCAGCCGGCACAAAAAUAAAUUAAUAAAUAACAAAAAUAAUUCCCGUAGGAUUCUACGAUUUCAUGUAGGAGAUAACAUGACAAGCGUUCAGGAGAAGGACGGCGCUACUAUACGGCGUAGCCUGUGGUGACCAGAACAACGGCGACCAAGUCCGAAGUCGUAAGAUUGGUGCGGGAGUUCCCUAUGGACGCAUCGGACGAAGCCUUCGCAACAGAGCUCAAGAAGAGAUACCAGUGCAAGAAAAUAAAAAAAUACCAGCGGUCUGCACUGAGCUAGGCUUGCAUGCUCCUGGCUGACCAUUCGCAAAUAUGGAUACAUCCAGUUUCUGGCGGCCUAUCGACGCGCUAAGCAGCACGGAAUUAUAUUUACAGGUUAUCGUAAAUCCAAGGCCAAAUCGCAAAAUAGACGAAGGCCCAGCAAUAAAAUCGAAGGCAGGACCAAACACGCGGGUUUGAACUCGCCAACGUGGUGUUCAGCCCUAAUUUCAUUGCUAGGAUGGCUGCGUUACCGUCCACAGGAGUGGAAAUCGAACCGGUCGACGGACGAUCGAAAUAUUGGCGAGCUGUAGCCAUGGUUUCGAGUUCUUCGGUCAAUUCCGAGUUGGAAGAUGAGAGCGACACUGGGGACUUUUUGACCUUGGGCCAAGUGGAAAUGCCGACUCAACGUCGAGUUUUGAGCGAGAGCGCACUUCAAGGUUAUUUGCAACGACGUAUUGAUCGGAGCUCUGGAGAAGUACAAAUACCUACGCAGCGUCAAGUUUCUACCAAUAACGGGUUACCAGAACUUCGGCAGCGCCAGCUAUUACCGAGAUCAAAUGCAGUUUUAGUUUCAAUGCAGCGCCAGGGAGGGAGUACUGAGCCACAGGAAGUACCUUCUCGUCUUGAACCUAGAGUGGUGGAAGAGCGAGUCCAGCAGGUUCUAGAUUUGGAUCCAGACAGACAUCGUGUGAAUGCGUACGGAGUUAUUUACUCGUCACAAGCUGUGCGAGACACGAUGGCAGCGAUCGAAGUUCUGAAGCGCGGGAGAUUCGAUAACGCGAUAAUUGCUAGAACUGAAGCCAGUAUAAACGCCAUCGUGCAGACCUGGCUGGUAGAACUGGACAAGGCUGCGCAGCCAAGAGGAUGAGAGCUUUUGCGAGUGAAUUCGGUGUUUUUGUUCAAUUUUUCACGACGCAAUAAGGUUUAAUAGUAUGUAAUGAUGCUAC